AUGCGCCUCAUCUAUGUUGUUGUUUGUGGCGGUAAGAUGGCGGCGCUCGGAGAUACCUCAGCUCCGGGGGUGAACGGGUUAAUACAACAAUUCACAGCAAUAACAGGGGCCACAGAGAGCGUAGGAAAACAUAUGCUGGAAGCAUGCAACAACAACCUGGAGAUGGCAGUGACCAUGUUCCUAGAUGGAGGCGGGAUUGCAGAGGAGCCCAGCACGAGCUCCAGUUCUGCAGCGUCAAGCAGCAGAGCGCCCUCUACAGAUGAAGUGCGGGCUCCAAUUCCUCAGAAGCAGGACAUAUUGGUGGAACCAGAACCCCUUUUUGGAGUGCCAAAGCGAAGAAGACCUGCUCGAUCAAUAUUUGAUGGUUUCCGAGACUUUCAGACGGAAACAAUCCGCCAGGAACAGGAGCUGCGUAACGGUGGAACAGUGGAUAAGAAACUGAGCACCCUGGCAGACCUUUUCCGUCCUCCCAUUGAGCUCAUGCACAAAGGCAGCUUUGAGACGGCUAAAGACUGUGGACAGAUGGAAAACAAAUGGCUAAUGAUCAACAUACAAAAUGUUCAGGACUUUGCCUGCCAGUGUCUGAACAGAGAUGUGUGGAGUAAUGAUUCAGUGAAGACCAUCAUCAGAGAACACUUCAUAUUCUGGCAGGUAUAUCAUGAUAGUGAAGAGGGACAAAGAUACAUCCAGUUCUAUAAGCUGAACAAGUUUCCCUACAUUUCGAUCCUUGAUCCACGCACAGGUCAAAAAAUGGUGGAGUGGAACCAGCUGGAUGUGGCGUCGUUCCUGGAGCAGGCAACUGGCUUCCUGGCAGAGCACGGGCAGCUCGACGGGCCGUCCUGCCACGCACCUCCUGCCAAACGAGCUCGCUCUGAAAGUUUAAUCGAUGCCAGUGAAGACAGUCAGUUGGAGGCAGCAAUCCGAGCUUCUCUACAAGAGACCCACUACGAGUCCUCAAAUGUCCCCGAACCCCCCGAUUCUCCUCGAUCAGACGAUGAAUCGGACGCAGAGCCUUUCUCUGACAGCGAAGGGCCUUUCUCUGUUGACGGCUCAGACAGUGAGACGCCAGCACCCCAUGAAGAGAAAAGUUCGACCGGCAAACACACUGCGACCCCCUCUGCAGCCACUGCAGCCACUGCAGCCCAGCAGCGUCUUCAUCCUGAUAGCUCCACUUCUUCCUACAGAAAAUCACCAUACAAAGAAAACAACCACAGUCACAAGAAAGAGGAGAGCAAAAAGAACCACCUGGAGCCCUCGGCUCCCGGGCCUCGUCAUCCCCAGCCUGAUUCAGACUCUGGUGGGAAUCACUGCGCCCCACUACCUGAAAGCGCAGGAACUUCAAAGAUCAGCACCACCACAACCUGCGAUGUGGACUGUCCUGAGGACAAUGGUCCCAAAGCCAGGUUGAUGCUCCGCUACCCUGAUGGACAGAGAGAGCAAAUUUCAUUGUCUUCUAAAGCAAAACUUUUGGCCCUGGUAAGACACGUCCAGUCUAAGGGUUAUCCUAACGAACGCUUCGAACUCGUCACCAACUUCCCCAGAAGGAAGCUCGCCCACUUGGACUAUGACAUCACGCUGCAGGAGGCAGGGCUGUGUCCACAGGAGACUGUAUUUGUGCAGGAGAGGAACUAGCCUUCCAGACACACUCACUUUUCGCUUGUCUGUAUCUCUGGUAGACCUCACCCUUUCACCAAUGAUGUGGGAUGAUGUUACUGGCCUUGAUCCCAUAACCUUUUGUUCUGGAGGUGGCCCUGGUUUUUGCCAAGACAGAUAAGGGUGGAUGGGCUACUUUCACCGCCACUCCACUAGUCCGAAUACUGACGUCUCUACUGACAGCCUAAUACCUUUGUAGUGCUCUACAAUUGGCCAGUAAGGUUUAAUGGAUGCCAGCAGUCUUUAAUGUUUUUAAUAAACUAUAUACUCUGCUCUGAGGCAAGCCUCAUUUAGCUUUCAACACUGAGGCAUAUCAGAACAGAAUAUAUAUCAUAUAGCUCGUCUUCAAUUAAAAAAUGAAAAAAGAAGAAAAAAACACAAAUAAUAGAUCACUAAUUGAUGAUGGGCCACAAGGGACUUGUACAAAGAGACUUUUACCUCUCAGAAAGGACAUUAAAUCAGUCAGAGUUUAUUUUCUAGCUCUUCUUGUUAUUUUCUCUACCUGGGACAGGUAAAGGGAGGCUCAUUCUUGUUUAUUUUGACCCAAAUUUGGUCUCUCACUCGGUCAUUGUUGAAACAGUUGUAAUCAUUUGGAAGGCAGGGGCGCUAAGAGGCCAGGUCCAAAAAUUACAAAGUUGUGAAAAUGUGUCUUUUGAUACUGAAGGGAAUGAAUAAAAGGUGGUACAUCUCAUCAGUCACACCUACACUGUACAGAGAUGUCUUAGAGAGACUGAUAUUUCGAUGUAGUCAUUGUUUCCUUUCUUUUUUUUAUAUGCUGCCAAGAAAAUAUGCUGAUGUUGAAAUAUAACCACCAGAAAACAAAAA